GCUGUGCUUCUGCAAUUGAAGGAUGAUCACCCUUCCUCCUGUUUCAUAAGCCUCAUUUUCAAUAAAAGCUGAUCAAACUCUCUCAGGAGCCACACUUCAUUUGGUGAAGCAGAUUCGUUUGGAUAUCUUUUGCUAUCGGCUCCGAAUUUAAUCUUCUUGAAAAGAUGAAAUCGACUUACAUUUUUGGAUUCAUUUUGCUGGGAUUAGUCCUUUGUGUGCAAACAGUUUUGUCAAUGCGAUAUUCAGCAGAUGACAGCUCUUAUCUUGACACUCCGCAAUACACAGCUCGUGAUCUGGCAAAAUGGCUUAUGGAGUCGGCUCAGAGAACCGAGAAGCGCAACCGAGAGAUCACCAAUUCACUGCUGAAUCUGCCCAAGACCAUGAUGGAAGCUGGCCGCAAGUAGACUCGCCUCGCCCGCCCGUCAACACUUUCCAUCCAAACAUCAAUACCCUCACAUUAGAAGCCAUUAUAGAUCUCUAUCAUAAAUGAAUAAAUCAUGAAUAUGAUUUGAUAUGAUAUGAUAACAAAUGAAUAUCAUGUUAUGAAUAAAUUUGACUUCUGAAUAAAUA